UUAGAGCAGUUUUAGAUUCACAGCAAUAUUGAGCAGCUGUUCCUCAUUUUUAAUUUUGAUUCUCACAUCCAUCCUACAAUAGGUAGGACAGUUACUAUCUCCACAUUUACAUUUAAGUUACAUUUAGAGUCACACAGUGGCGAACAAAGCCUGGUGCUAACUGAGAUCUUCUGAUCUUUUAAGCCCCAGGCACUUUCUCUUCGUUCCCACAGAGCGCCUUCUGAAUCUCUCCAAAUCUUUCCUCUUCCUAAGCUUGGGAAACCCUGGACCACACCUCUCAUUCCCUGAAUUUAGAAACAUGUUUGAGAAGUUCCCCAAGAUUUCCACUUGACUGCAGGGGGCCACAGAGAACCUAUCUGUGUCCCUGGUGCAAGGUCCACCCUCUCAGGCUCUGGCAGAGGCACUGGGACCCAGAACUUGUACAAUGCCCUAAUAAGCUUCUUAGAGGUGGGUAUUAGCAGGGAUUGGAUAUUCUUCCCCUGACAUGCCCUUCACACCUGACCCUGCCUUGAAUUAGGAUUCCAGAGGGGAGCUGGGUGUGGGAGAAUGGGGUGUUCCCUGCUGUUCAGCUUCAGACCCACUCUUCAAGACCCUGGAUUCUGACAAGUUUCCAGAGCUGAGAAGACACCCAGAUGUCCAGGUUCAAAGGUAAAUGAUGUGACUAGGUAGGAGGGAUCAGCUGGGCUGCCAGCUCAGCUCUUACAUAACACAGGCACACCAGAAAGAGAGACCCUUUGAAGUUUCUUUAGGAGAUUCAAAGUGUUGAGUUUAUGGCCCAGGGACAGGGUGGCUGCAGGUGGACAGUGGAAAGACAAUUAUGGGAAACAAGAACAAAGAAGGAAAUCUGUUUAUUCCAUACUUCUCUUUUUGCGUGUCCCUUUUUUGCUUUUUAAGACAAUUGCAUUUGCAUCUCUAAUUAGUGUGGUGUACUGGAAAGACUAGGGUGUGACAAACCUCAUCUGCACUGAUACUCACUAGCUGUGUGACAUUGAGCAAAUCACUUCUGUGGACCUCAGUUUCUUCAUGUGUAAAAUGGGGAGCUGCACUAAACAGUGUAAUUCCUUCUGCCUUUAACAACCUAAGAAUCUAUGGGUUGUUGAGCUUACUUCUAAUAUAUUACUUCAUAUGCAAAACCGAUCAUUUCUAGUUAUUGUUUUACAAUAAUCUGUGGACACUGAUUAGAGAUUUAAUAAAUAUUUACUUGGGUUGGGCCUCUAUCUCCUUUUUUGUAAAUUGAGGAUUCUUUGAGGGCCUGUGUGUUCUUCCCUCCUGCGUCCUUAUGUAAAAUUAACCCUUAUGUAGCAUUGAUUGUGUACAAUGCUUUUUGAUUGAUUGAUUAUGUACAAUGCUUUUCACAGACCUUAUGUGUUUUUACUUUCCCAGCAUUCCCAUGACAUAGAUUGGUAUUGUUAUUACUAUUGAUAUUUCUAUUAAACUAAGUUUAAUUUAGAUUUAAAAUAUCAUAACAUGCACCUGAUAAAAAGGUUAAAGUUAAACUGAACAUUAGGCCAUACUGAAAAGUAAGUCUCCCUCUGACCCUGACCCUCAGUUUCCCUUCUUCAGAUGUCUUUCCAGAGAUCAUCUUUGCAUAAUCAGCACAUAUGUUAUCAUGCCCAUUUCACAGAUGAGGAAACGAGGCUCAGCCUGUCUAGGGUGGUAUAGCUGAUAAGCAGCAGAGCUGGGAAUCCAGGCCAUUGACUGCAUUCCCCAUCUUCCUCCCACCACACCAUACUGUCUGGGAAGCUCCAUGACAUUAACUUUUAGGCUUUGUCCUCUCUGGAUGAUAUGGUAGAAUCAUUUUAAGUCAGUCCAAAAUAAACAUGUGGAGACUUGAUGUGCCUAGCACUGCUUUCCAUUGCUGCCUCUUUUUGUCUAAAGCUUAAAAUCAUGUCUCCUUACUUCCCUCCUGCCUUUGAUAAGGUGAGAUCUGUGGCCUGGGGUGCCAAUAUGGAUAACUGAGCUCCCAGCAACUCAGGUUUGGACCUGAGGAGUGCUGGCAGACCUCUAGUAGGGAUCCCAGGGAGGGCUGGGUGGACUCCACAGAGCUGGGCUACUGGCAUGCCUACACAGCAGAGGGCCACUGGAUGCUCUUUUUCCCAAGAGCAGACAGUGAUCCCUGGAGCAGGGGGCAGGGGUUGUUUUGUUCCAGAAAUAACUACCUCCCACCACAAAGGCUCUGUGUGAAUUGUCACUCUUUUCCACCGAGGGUUUGGUGGAUCCCAGCUCUCCUCUUAGGGGCAAAUGACCUCUUUUUUUCCCCUAGGUUUGUGGAUACCCCUGGCUGGGCUUCAUGCAGAAAUUGUCACUGAUCACCAACCUGAAUCCCAGAACAACCCCCAUAUUUCCAUGGACAGAAUGAGAGGGUUUCUGUAACCAGGCAUAAUUGGCCAUCAUGGGGAAAUUGAUCAGGAUGGGGGUGCGGGAAAGGCGGUUGCUCUGGCAAAAGCGGCUUCAUUGGAGUCGCCUCCUCUUCCUAUUGGCAAUGUUGAUCAUUGGUUCCACCUACCAGCACCUGAAGAGCCUCCGGGGCCUCCCCUCACUGUGGGGAGCAGUCUCUUCCCAACACCCUAUAAAACUGGACAGCCGGGAUCUCCCCAACAAUGAGAUGAUGAUGGUGAGCAGUGACCCUCCAAGAGCUCGCUCUGAAAUGGAGGGUGAGACACUGGUGCCCAAAGCCACAGUGGGCAAAGAUGAAGCAACCCCUGGCAUAACAAUGGAGAACACCCCUAUUACUCCCAGAAGAAUAGCCAACAUCACUCCAACAAUACUCAAGAAUAACUACAGCCCAACAGCAGCAGGCACAGGAAGUGUGAAGGAAAACACCACAACCACACCUAGUGGAGUAUUGAGUCACUACACCCCAACUUCAAGCAGACCAACAGUAAAGAAUUAUACCCCAACAACACUCAGGGGAGAGAUGCAGAGCUACCACCCAACUCAAGCCAGAGGAAAGGUGAAGAAAUAUAUCCCAUCCCCACUUGGUAGAGUAGUAGGCAAUUAUGCCCCACCCACACUCAAGACAGUGAUAAGGAGCCAUGGGAUCACCUUCAGAACAACAGUAAAAGACAGUGAAACUAUGGCAACCAACAAAAUACUAGAGACCAACGCCCUUAAGAGAAUAGUGGAGGAAACCACCCCAACAACUCUCAAGGGAAUAAUUGAUAACACCCCAACUUUCCUGAUAAAUGAUGUAGAGACAAACAUCUUGACUUCUCCAAGGAGUGUGGUGGAAAAGAACACCCUGAAUACCCCCAGAAGAAUGGACAUUAAUAGCUCAACCAGCCCCCAGGAGUUACUGGGAAAAAACAACCUGGCAAUUCCACAGGGAACAGUCCUGGAGCACACUGCAGCCACCUCUGAGGGGAUGAUAAGCGCCAUGACAGGCAGUAGCCCAGCAGAAAUCAAAGCCUCUACUACUGCCUGGAUUGUUAGGAAUCUCUCGUCCAGAACCAGUAAACCACCCAUCAGAAUAUCCUCAUCCACCUUCUGGGGGCUGGCUAAGAAAACUUCCACAGCAUCCAGCACCUCAGCAUCCACCAGGGUCAGGGCAAAUCCGACCACCCAGGUCCGUGACUGUGUGGCUGUGGAGCCAGCCCCACCGGUGCCCACUGUCCCCUCCCCCAGCCUGACAACAGCUGUGAUCCCAGAGGUGCCCAGUCCCAGUUCCUCAGCAUUGCCCCCUGGCUGGUCAGACCUUCCCCCCAAGGGAGAGUACCCCCCAGACCUGUUCAGUGUGGAGGAGCGGCGGCAGGGCUGGGUGGUCCUGCACAUCUUUGGCAUGAUGUAUGUGUUUGUGGCCUUGGCCAUCGUGUGCGACGAGUACUUUGUCCCAGCCCUGGGCAUCAUCACAGACAAGCUGCAGAUCUCUGAGGAUGUGGCAGGUGCCACAUUCAUGGCUGCUGGAGGCUCUGCCCCCGAGCUCUUCACUUCCCUAAUUGGUGUCUUCAUCUCCCACAGCAACGUGGGCAUCGGCACCAUCGUGGGCUCUGCUGUGUUCAACAUCCUGUUUGUCAUAGGCACCUGUGCCCUCUUCUCCCGGGAGAUCCUCAACCUCACCUGGUGGCCCUUGUUCCGUGAUGUCUCCUUCUACAUCCUUGACCUGAUAAUGCUCAUCCUCUUCUUCCUGGAUAGCUUCAUUGCUUGGUGGGAGAGCCUGCUGUUGCUGCUGGCCUAUGCCUUCUAUGUGUUCACCAUGAAGUGGAACAAGCAGCUUGAGGUCUGGGUGAAGGAGCAGCUCAGCAGGAGGCCAGUGGCCAAGGUCAUGGCCCUAGGGGACCUCAGCAAGCUCCCGUCUGUGCUGACCCGAGGGAGCAGCUCGGCCUCUCUGCACAACAGCACCAUCCGCAGCACCAUCUUCCGGCUCAUCGUCCACAGCCUGGACCCCCUGGGGGAAGACCGCCCCUCCAAGGACAAGGAGGAGGAGAGCUUGAAUCAGGAGGCCAAAGCCAAGCCUCAGGUCAAAGCAGAGAGCAAAGCAGAAGAGGAGGAGUCAGCCCAACUACCUUUGGUCACGGUCACACCAGCCCCUGCUCCAGACGUCCAGGGAGCUCAGGAGGAGGAUCCUGGUGGUCAGGAAGGUGAUGUGGCUGGAGCUGAAAGCACAGGGGAAACGAUGGGCGGAGAGGUUGAAGCUCCUUGUGAAGGUGAAAAGGGAGAGGGAGGUGGAGGUGAAACUCAACUAGAAGGUGAAGGUGAAACCGAAGCAGGAGGAAAAGAAGAUGAACAUGGAGGUGAAACCGAAGCAGGAGGAAAAGAAGAUGAACAUGGAGGUGAAACCGAAGCAGGAGGAAAAGGAGACAAUGAAAGUGAAGCUGAAAUCCAAGCAGGAGGAAAAGGAGACAAUGAAAGUGAAGCUGAAAUCCAAGCAGGAGGAAAAGGAGACAAUGAAAGUGAAGCUGUAAUCCAAGCAGGAGGAAAAGGAGACAAUGAAAGUGAAGCUGAAAUCCAAGCAGGAGAAGAUGGGGAAAUGAAAGGUGAUGAAGGUGAAGCUGAAGAGCAGGAAUUCCAUGCUGAAAAUCAAGGUGAAGCCAAAAGUGAUGAGAAAGGUAUAGAUGAUGAAGGGGGAGGUGAUGGUGAAGAUGAGGAAGAGGAAGAAGAGGAGGAGGAGGAAGAAGAGGAGGAGGAGGAAGAAGAGGAAGAGGAGGAGGAGGAGGAAAAUGAGGAGCCUUUGUCCCUGGAGUGGCCUGAGACCAGGCAGAAGCAGGCCAUGUACCUCUUCCUCCUGCCCAUUGUGCUCCCGCUCUGGCUGACGGUACCUGACGUCCGGAGGCUGGAGUCUAGGAAGUUUUUUGUCAUCACCUUCCUGGGAUCCAUCACGUGGAUAGCCAUGUUCUCAUACCUCAUGGUGUGGUGGGCUCACCAGGUUGGUGAAACAAUAGGGAUUUCUGAAGAGAUCAUGGGUUUGACAAUCCUAGCAGCAGGCACGUCAAUUCCUGACCUCAUCACCAGUGUGAUUGUUGCUCGGAAAGGCCUGGGAGACAUGGCUGUGUCAAGCUCUGUGGGCAGUAACAUAUUUGAUAUCACCGUGGGCCUGCCCGUUCCUUGGUUUCUUUUCUCUCUUAUCAAUGGAUUACAGCCUGUUCCAGUCAGCAGCAAUGGCUUGUUUUGUGCAAUUGUUUUGCUUUUUCUCAUGCUCGUGUUUGUGAUCUCUUCAAUUGCAUCAUGCAAAUGGAGGAUGAACAAGAUCCUGGGCUUCACAAUGUUCCUCCUCUACUUUGUAUUCCUAAUAAUCAGUGUGAUGUUAGAAGAUCGAAUCAUAUCCUGCCCUGUAUCUGUCUGAGUCAGAGUCACUGUUGCUCAAAAUGGACAUGGGUCAGAAAACCAUGCCAGAAGUUACUGCACCUCUUGUUACAUUAUGGAAAGAAUGAACGUGAUCCAGGAGACUGAACUGAGUGGCCAAGAGCCUCUAAUGUGAAUGGGAUGCAGGACUGAAGUUUCUGCCUGGAAAUACCUGCAGCUUAUUGUGGAAUAAGACUCUCACCUCUGGACAGGUGGAGUUCCUACCCCAGAUGGAUGCAGACAGCUAUCACAUGGAGGCCACAGAAGGACCCCUGGAGUCACAAGGUUUUCUAAAUGAGGGACAACUGGGGAGGAGGGCUGGGACAGGCACCGGAGCAGUAAGACAAGCUCCCGUGCUCACAGUUCCCUGAUCAUUCCUGAAGGGCCACUGAUCCAAAAGAUGCAGAUGUGAUUUACAUCUCACCCUCCAGGUCCCUGCCCCAAGAAACCCUGCAAUAUGCUGUCUUCUCUUUCUUUCCAAAACAUGAGGCUCUAUCAGGUUUGUAAUCAUUACAGCUUCAGUUAUUGGUGAGUUUAAGGAGCUAAGGCUAUAGGAAAAGAAGUAUAACAGGAAUCAAUUGUCAUUACACAUCAUAGUCCACUAAAGUGUGCGCCAAUAUUUUAUAGCUUAAAAGGAGGGCUACAUUAGCUUGUUCCAUUUCUGAAAAGUGAAAUUAAAAUAAGUAGCCCAAGAAAUUAAAAUUUAUAAUUUGCCCCUGAAUUGGAAGGCGUGGAUAUUAGGGAAGGAAAACUAGUCUAAGGGCUAUUUAAAAAUAUGUACUUAUUAGAAAAUCCAAGUUAGUGUCUCCAUCAAGUGGUCCCCUUGAGGGAUGAGACAUUCUAACAAAGCUGUCCUCACUCCAGCAUAUUCUCACCCAACAGUGACAACUGCUACUAGUAAGAAGGAAAGGAAUUUUAGAGAGAGUCCAAAGUCAGCAGAGCCAAAUCUGGUUUAUAAAGCAGGAGAUCCAGUGGGGCAAUGCUACUUCUGCAUGUCAACCUAGACAGGACUAUAAAGCAAGAGGACUGACUUCUUGUGUGGUUUGUAAGUGGAUGUUAAGGCAAUCGCAAAGGAAAAAUUCCAAAAAUGCUUAACACAAUGACAACAUGGUGCAAAAAAAGUAUUACUACUUCCAAGGUAGCUAGUGUAAAGGACACUUGUGUUUUUAAAAAUUGUGGGGUUACUUAAACAUUUCAAGUGGAAUUUGAAGUGCUUGUAUACUAAAUACCACUCCUUGCUGCUUUUACUAGCAUCAAGUUAAGGAACACAGUAGAAAUGAAACAGUUCUAUGUCCCUGGUUUCAGAGCUCAGGCGACUGUAGAUUAUGAUGGUGAAUGUGGCUUUAAUUACAAACACAAGAGAGGAUUCACUGACGACUAGAAGACAGCAGGACAGAGGUGAUGUGAAAAGAAAAUCAGACACUGGUGUUGAAGGGCUGUGUUCAAAGUACUUCAGUCCAUAAUCUAUCUUUUAAGAUGGGCGGUUAAUUUACUUAAUGGCCUCACUACCCUAGGAUUCACAUUCUUUGGAGAUGACUUUUUAUUAAAUUUUCAUAAAUUGUGAGUCCCAAUGAUAUUUUAUUUUACAAACAUGGAUGGGUUCAUCCAUAUCUUUAGGUUACUUGUCAGAAUGCUCAAGAGAAGACUGAAGAAGAAUAUGGAAGCGUGUUCAAAUUCCCUAUUCUUCAAUUCGUUAUCCUCAAUCCUGAUGCUGCUGCACUGCCUGGUCUCCAUGUGCCAUGGCCUAAGAACAGGAGGAAAGACCAAUGCCUAUGGGAGGGAGAUGCCAAUCCCCAAACUCUAGGCACCAACCUGGUCUCUGCAGCCAGUGCCAGCUAGCCAUAGGGAUGUCACCUCCUCACUGAUAGCCCAGGAUCUGAUACUCUUCCCUGAAUGACUGACUGAGGAGAGAGGGACAGUGAAAUGUUCUGAAUGAUGAAGUGCUGGACAGCCAUUUAAUGAUUAAAAUCAACUCUGGGGCUGGCCCUGUGGCCGAGUGGUUAAGUUCGUGCUCUGCUGCAGGCAGCCCAGUGUUUCGUUGGUUCGAAUCCUGGGUGCGGACAUGGGACUGCUCAUCAAACCACGUCGAGGCAGUGUCCCACAUGCCACAACUAGAAGGACCCACAACGAAGAAUAUACAACUAUGUACUGGGGGGCUUUGGGGAGAAAAAGGAAAAAAUAAAAUCUUUAAAAUCAACUCUAAUGAUCUAACAUCCUUUUCCUGAUCAGUUUGCUGAAUUUCUGGCAUUUCUCUUGGCCUAGAAAGGAAGUUCCAAUCAUUUCACACUAUGACAGAAAGGGUCAAGUACAUAUAAUGAAAGCUGAGUCUUGAUGGAUGAGUAGGAAUUCACUGGGUGGGGGAGAAAGAGGAGACUUCACAGAGAUGGAAUGAUCAAUUUGUUAUGCUUGGAAAUUAAAAUUUUUGUCAUACAUUUACAAAUCUACUAUAAUUUAUUAAAAUUAUACUGUCUUAGAGGGGAAAGUACCAUGUUAAAAUGUCAAGAGAUGGUCCUCUCAUUUGAUAGCCAAAAUGAUCUGUAUAGUUACAUGGGACAAAUUCUAGGUCAUGUGUCCAGCCCAGAAAGUCUGAACUGUCCCCCAUGGGUAUCUGAAUUGGAAGACAGCGGCUGGCAUAGAUUCCUUCUCCUUCAUCCCCCAUGAGGUUGCAUUUCCUGAUGGCCCUGGUAACAGGUUUGGGCCAAAUUUCUAAAAGUGUGAAACUCUUCCUAAUUUAAUGGGUUAAGAUGUUAUAUAGUACCAGAAGAAAAGGAUGCAUUCCGAAUUUUUGAAAAUUGGUAUAUGUUUAAAUGGUUACUAUCCAUUUUGAACAUUAUAUUGUACUCUCUUCAAUAGAUCUGAAAAUGUUUUUAUCAAAUUAUAGGCUUGGUCUUUCAUAUAUUGUCUAUAUCAUAAUUAUAAUUUAUUUAAAGAUUGAGUACCAAAAGGGACAGGAAUUGGAAUUUAAUAUUUAGGGCACAGGCUGGUAGAUAGAUCUGAAGAACUGGAUGGCCUUAUGUGCCAAAGAAUACCCUUGGUUCUGACUUCUUUUUUGUGGAAGGGUCCCCCUGCAGGUGCAGCUUGCAAUGUGUUUUGGAACUGGCUGCUAUGAAAGGUGCAAAGAGAGGGUUCAUGAUCAGGGCUGUCCAUCCCUGGGGGGUUACUAGAGCUGGGCAGGACACCCUGGCCUAAGGUGCUUAUACAACCAAAGGCACGCUUCUGGUCUUCAGGCUCUUCACUGUGAUGAGUAGGCAAAAUCUGGAGAAUUUCAUUUACAGAAAAUUCCAUCAGUUGCUCCAGUGGUUUUAUCACACUACUAUGUUCGAAAAGAAAAUCUUUAAAUACAGAAAGAGGGAGCCAUCUAAAUGAACAGCAACUGCGGAAAGGCUGCAGUAACUUUAUCAGAAGAGUCUGUUACCAUCUCAGAGAAUAAGUAUAUGCACACAGAAUUUUUGAAUCAGAGACAGAAAUUCCUAUAUUAGUCUGUGCACUGCUAAUUUUGUAAACAAAAAUAAUUGAGGCAGCAAGUGUACUUACUUUGAGGCCAGAGGAAGAGGGCAGUAUGAAGGGAUAAGAAGAAGAUACCAGGUACUGAGGAUAUUAAGGUAAACUGGUAUGCAGCUGCUAGACGAUCAAUUCUGAAAUAAAACUUAGUCUUGUAUCCAAACAGGAAGGGCAGAGCAUGCUAACUCUAGCGCGAAGGUGGGCCAAGAGCCCUCUCAAAGAGGCAAGCCUACUCUUUCCCUUCCUGCUCUGACAUAAAGUGCCUAAUAGCAGCUUUCAAGUUCUAGUGGGAGAAAUAAAAAUAAAGCUGAGCCAUUGCACAUUACCAUACAGAUGGGUAUUUUCUUACCAUAUACUUACAAAGUAUUUAGAAAUAAAACAUAACUUCUAUAUACAGCAGGUUAACACUUGCUAGUUGCACUAAAAUAUCAUAAUAAUUACCAGCAUAAAGUAAAAUAAGUAUUUAUCACCGAAAAUGCUGAACCAAUAUUUUCAAGGGCCAUUUCUCUAUAUACGAAAAUGGCAAGACAUAUUACAAAACCUUAUAAUAAAAUAAGCCGGUGGCUUUAGUGUUUUAAAGCAACCUCCCUCCCCCAAUCAGAAAAAACAAAAAAGACAAAA